AUGAAUGCCAUAGUGGAGGCGUUUGCUGCUUUCCUUGGUUUUAUUGCCUGGCUGAUGGUUGGGAUCGCUCUGCCUAAUCGAUACUGGAAGGAGUCUACAGUGGAUGGUAACGUAAUCACUACAUCCACCAUCUAUGAGAACCUCUGGAUGUCCUGUGCCACAGACUCGACAGGAGUGCACAACUGCCGCGACUUUCCUUCUUUACUGGCACUCAGUGGGUACAUCCAGGCGUCGAGGGCUCUCAUGAUUGCUUCCAUUGUUUUUGGGACAUUCGGUCUUGUGGCGACUCUGGUUGGAAUGCAAUGCUCUAAAAUUGGAGGAGAAAACUAUGUCUUGAAAGGAAGGAUUGCUGCAGUAGGAGGGGUGUUCUUUCUAUUGCAAGGAAUUUGCACCAUGAUUGCUGUGUCCUGGUAUGCAGCCAACAUCACACAGGAGUUUUUUAACCAGUUUUAUUCGGGAACAAAAUAUGAGAUUGGAGAGGGCCUGUACAUUGGUUGGGCUUCAGCAACACUGGCCAUUUGUGGAGGGACGUGUCUCCUGCUUGCAUGCAAAGGAACAGCAACAGAUAACAAAGUGUAA